CAUACCUAUCAGAGGCUAUCCGAAAUAGCUCUCAGGCGGUGCGGUGCUGGGCUGGAUGUCUCGUCUCUCCUGACUUUCCUGUCCUGUCCCUCUUUCUCAUUUCUCAUUUCUCAUUUCUCAUUUCUCGCUUCUCCUCCUCUCUCGCCUCUAGACUUUCCCUCCUUCCCUUCCCUUCCCUUCCCUUGCCGGGAUCUAGUUCUCUUUCGUGCCUUCCACCAAUUCCUUUCUUCUCUUCCUUCCGUCUCCUCCCCUUCAAUCUCCAAGACCGUCUGUCUGUCUUGUCUCUUCCAGACGAGACGAUUCACUCUCACCAUCCACCAUCCACCAUCCACCAACCACCAACCACCAACUACCACACUCGCUCACGGACGCGUAUAUGCAACGUUAAUAAUCACUCGACCAAGGACUCACACUCGUUUUCACGCCAUCUGAUUGUUUCUUUUUGCAAUAUCGACUCUCGUUCGUACUUAUUAUCAAUCAAGCCUUAAUCAUCAAUCAAGCAUUUCGGAGUUGUCGGACGGCGCCCGUUACUGUACCAGCCAUUGUCUGGGAGAAGGAACGCAAGAGAGACACUUUGACUGUGCUACCAAGGGAUAACUCCCCCGCCGCCCACAUACGUCGCCCGCCAUGGACAGACGCGAUGUUUACUACGAGGAGGAGAUGAAGGAUAUCAGAAGCCCUAAUCAGCCAUACCUCAGCACUCACUACGAUCCACAUGCUAUCAGUACAGAUAAUCUCAUGAUGCCAGAACGGUUAGCUGCGACGCCGAGCCCGCGAGGAAGAAUGAGACCUGGAUAUCCAGGAGCCCACGACUCUAUUGGGUCGGCUUAUGGGUGGCAUCCAGAGUCGAUCCCAGGUACUCCAGCAGAUUCAAGAUGUACUACGCCUACAUUAUCACCAGUAUGUCCCUAAUAAUAUGGCCAUCCAUUCAAGAAGUGCUAAUGUUCGUCAGUAUAACCACGAUUUCAAUGGAUCAAGAAGCUACCUGAGCACAACAACACUGGUUAACAAAGGUCCCGCCACCGGAAACCUCUCUACCUCAACCUUCCCAUCCAAACACUCCCUUGUUUCCCAAGAUUCGAUAUCGCGUCUUCACGAUCGUGACGAUGUCGAGCUGUCCAAAGGAUGGCGCCGAUUUAUCUUCAAGUUCGUGCCUUUCCUCGCACUUCUUAACACGGGUCUGUACAUAACAUAUCUCGCCCUACGAAUCGUAUGUGUGAUUCUCGCACAGAAGAAGUUCAACGUCGUAUACCCUGGAGCCUGGAUCUUCCUAGGUGUCGAAAUCAUCGUGGCUAUCCCAUCGCAGAUGCAUAAUUUCUGGACCAUGUGGGCCUUGAAGAAGAGAAACAGGCCGCAAUUGAGAUUGAUGAGCGACGAGGUCCCAGGCGUCGAUGUUUUCGUCACUUGCUGCGGAGAAGAUGAUGACGUUGUCUUGGAUACUGUUCGUGCGGCUUGCGAUCUGGAUUAUCCUCGUGAUAGAUUCAGGGUGGUCGUUCUCGAUGACGGAAAGUCGGCCAGUCUGGAGGAAAUGAUUAAUCAGCUCGGAUACAUCUACUCGAACGUCUACUACUUGGCCCGAACAAAGGUCAAGGGAGUACCACAUCACUUCAAGGCCGGAAAUCUGAACUAUGGACUCGAGCAAUUGGAACUUAUGCCAGGUGGUGCAAAUGAGUUCAUGGCCGCCCUAGACGCUGAUAUGAUUCCCGAACCUUCAUGGCUACGAGCAAUUAUGCCACACAUGGUCAUGGACCCAAAACUCGCCCUGGCAUGCCCACCUCAAUUGUUCUACAACACUCCCAAAUCCGAUCCCUUGGCCCAAUCCCUGAACUUCUUCGUGCACGUAAUUGAACCCAUCAAGGACGCUCUAGGAGUCGCAUGGUGCACUGGAUCUGGCUAUGUCAUCCGUCGUCAAGCUCUUACGGAGAUCGGAAACUUCCCUCUUGGUUCUCUGGCUGAGGAUGUAGCAACCUCGACUCUCAUGCUCGGAUGUGGCUGGAAAACUGCCUAUAUUCACGAACCCCUUCAGUUCGGUACUGUUCCCGAGGAUUACGGUGGACAUCUCAAGCAACGUACUCGAUGGGCAAUUGGAACCAUUCAGACAGCAGUCAAGCUCAACUUCUGUCUCUGGGGCAAAGACGUCAAGAUGAUGUCUGGCGCCCAGCGCUUCUCAGGUGCUCUUUACGCUAUUCUCGGCAUGUUCACCAUCCUCGUUACGAUCUCUCUCUUCGCCAUCCCAGUUGUUCUCGUCUGGGGUAAACCCCUGAUCGCCUUCGCCGAUAUGGAACAACUCCGCUGGUUGAUCCGCACCUGCUUCGCUGCAUUCAUGUGUAACCGACUUUGCGAAUUUGCGCUCUUCUCCCCAGCUGGUUACCACACUGGACAACGAGACAGUCGUUACCAACUCUGGAUGUCACCAUAUAUCUCACUCUCGAUUAUCCGCUCUUUCAUCCUCCCAAAAUGGCUCGGCGGUUCAGUCGUAGCUUUCAAGCCUACCGGCUCCCUCGGCAAUGCACUGAACGAGCGUGAUGCCAAGAACAAGAAAUCCAUGCUCCGCCGCCUCUGGGCCAUCCUCAUCAACUAUAUGGCCAUCUUCCACUUCGUCUUCGUAUACUUCACUCUCGUCGCCGUGGUUCUCACCUCCUAUCGCGUAUUCUUCCCAGAAGGACAAUCCGUCCGCGACAUCUUCAUUGGACUCAUCACUCACGCUUUCUGGCCACCUCUCACCUUCCUCUUCUUGUGUUCUAGUCUGUGGACUCCGGUGUCCUAUGCGAUCGAUCCACCCAUGGUGCCGGAACGUGAGGAGUUACUGGUUAGAGACCAGAAGACCGGUGUUGCGCAUCCAACGAAGGAGAGUAAGAAGGUGGCUUUCGGAGGUCAGGCCGCGUGGUUCGAGUUCCUGUAUACCGGGAGCACGAUCUACACGGCGCUGGUUUUUGCGUAUAGUUUCUGGUUGUGAGGGAUGAACUGGGCUUGAACGAUCGUUUGAGUAUGCUGCGAGAGAUGAUCAGAUCUCUUCCGCACUGGCCUAGGACGAAGACAGAACCGCGACGAGAGGCAUUUGUGGGGAAGCAGUUCACUUGUGGAGAUGAGCAUUCCAUUGCAUGGGGGUAGAAGAAAGGAGAAGAGAGAAGAGGAGAAAUUCUUUCAGUACUGUUUGGGGAAUUUCGAUAAUGACGAGGUGUACUCUACUGUUUCUAAUGAUGGGCAUAGAUGGCUUGGCUUGGCUGCCUGGGUUUGCUUUGUUUUCGAGAUUUUUUCGAGAGUCUCUUUUUUUAUGUCGUUGGGAUAUUUGCUUUUUAGACGGGGGAAAGAUACGGAAGAUGGACAGGAGGAUGGUGUAAAUAUGCAAACUGAGACAAAGGACAAGUAAAUAUAGACAGGCAGACGUUGUACAAGGAGUUUGGGUGUGUUAGGAGAGUUUGGAAAGUAGAUGCAGAAUACGGAGAAGUUGGAGACGUGGGAGAGAUAAGAGAAAUCAACAAAAUAACUUCAAAAACUAUAUG